CUUACAGCCAGACGGAACCUGACACUCUCUUUUCCCCUACAAUCCUCUUAUUCGAAGUUGUGAUCUGUAACGGCAUAGCGUUGACAUUGAAAGCGUUGCUUAUAGCCGCCGCAAUGGCAUCUUCAGUUUUUUACAAGUUCAAUUCUCAGAGAGACGAGUCUCGGGUGACCUUCAAUGGUACAGGCAUCUCAGUCUUUGAUCUCAAGAAAGAAAUUAUUCUCGCAAGUGGUCUCAGUAAGGCCACAGAUUUUGACCUGUGUAUUUUUGAUUCAUCAUCAGGCGAGGAGUUCAGAGACGACUCCCAUAUCAUCCCACGUUCCACAUCUGUGAUCGCCAAGCGCCGUCCCGCAGCGCGUAAUGGGAAGGGCAAUGUUGCUGUCUAUCUCGCUGGCGCUGCUCCUGAAACUACAGGGAAAUCUGGUAACUCUUCCAAUAAUGCAUCCUCGUGGCAUAAAGGCUCUAUGUCGAGGCGGUUUGAUGGCAAGGAAGAACCUCCCAAACCACUACCCAAACCAGCUACUGUGCCUCUCACAUCUAUCGCGAAGGGUGACGAAUCCGCCGCCAUGGCUGCUAUGUUUCAAGCCCAGUCAGCUGUCUGGGAGGAGACCCAGGAAAAAAUGUCACACGCCACUCGUAUUUACACUAAUACUCGUGGAACGGGUUUCAAUCGCGGUGGGAAGCCUUUUACGCCUCAUCACCAGCAUCACCAACAAUCGGACCGUCCUCUGCCUCCUAGUUAUGUGUGUUAUCGAUGUGGACAGAAAGGCCAUUGGAUUCAGGAUUGCCCGACAAAUAGUGACCGAGAAUUCGAUAACAAACCUCGUAUCAAGCGUACGACGGGCAUCCCUCGUAGUUUCUUAAAAGCUGUAGACAACCCUGCGGGGAGUCAAAUCGGCUCAGGAAUCAUGGUUACCCCUGAGGGAGGAUAUGUUGUUGCACAGCCCGACUCAGCAUCGUGGCAAAAGCAGGUCACCCGUCCCAAGGGCCUCACAGAAUCAGAUAUUCGCGAACGGCCCUCUAAAGACCCAUCCAUUGUCUGCUCAGUUGACAACAGAAUCUUUCGCGAUGCCGUCAAGACCCCUUGCUGUAGUACAUCAUAUUGCGAAGAGUGUAUCCAGACGCAUCUAUUGGAGAAAGAUUUUCUUUGUCCGAAGUGUGGCACGAAGAUCGCGUCGCUUGAUAAGCUCGCGGUAGACAAGCCGACAAGGGCGAAGGUUCUCGACUAUAUUGACAAAGAGAUUGAGUCGAGUAAAGAGGAGGAGAGUCAAACGAACGGUAAUUCUACGCCUGUUCCGAUAACAAGCCAGACACCCGCAUCUGACGCCGCGAACAGCAACCCCCAGCUUUCUGAUGAACAACAACAAGAGGCCGAGUUCUAUCAGAACCAGCCCUCUCUCUCAGCCGACAUCGCGAUGUCCCAAAUGAUCGUCGACAGCAUCCCGCAACUGCAAGCGCAAAUCCACCAGAUCUCACAAAUGCUCCAAAAUCCAACGCUCCCCAACCACGUGCGACAACAGACGGAGAUGCAACAUCACCAGCUCCAGAUCCAGCUCUCUCAGGCGCAGACGAUCGCGGCAGCCUUUGCCAUGCAGAUGAGCACGCAGAUGCCCAUGCAAGUGCCCAUGCAAGUGCCCAUGCCCAUGCCCAUGCCCAUGCAGGUGCCGCCUGGCCCAAAGAGCGAUUUUCGCGGGGGCAACCCCAAUGCCAGCGGUAGCGGUAAUGGGGUGAGUAACGUGGGCAAUGGUGUUGUGGGGAAUCCCGGAAACGGCAUGUGGACCAAUCCUUUCUCGAAUCAGCAGCCUGCAGGACAUGAUUCUGCGUACCAGCGACUGCCGCUCAACAAUCGCCGACGGAACGUGAAGCGUGACCGGCCCUUGGACUUUUUGGAGAUGGGCCAAGAGGCCGAAAGAGAAGGAAAAAUUGCGAGAUAUUGGGAGUGAGGUCAUCGCUGUAACAGGUUCGGUAAGUAUGGUGCGGGUAUUCGGACGACCGGAAGAUGUUCCUGCAUGCCAUAUCAUGCUCGUGGAUCUGACCCGGAGGGAGUUACUUUCUUGUUUACUUUUAUAACAAUUGUGUGUAUAUUUCGCCACUUCAGAAGAAUAUAUUUUCAUUGAAAUUGG